AUCGCAUUCCUCUAUAUUUUCCACCACUUGCAACUACCACAAUUUGCUCCACACUCAUAUCACAUUCCGUCUCGCUUGUACUUCGCCUCACUAGUGACCAUGUCCGACACUUCCAAGUCUCCCGCCCCUGGCGCUGCCACAGAGGCUCCCAAGUUCACCGAACGCGAGCUUCAAAUCCUGGGCUGGGCCAUGCAGUCCUUGAAGUCAGGUCCUCCUGAAAUCGACUACGAGAAGCUGGCCGCCUUUGCGAGCAUGACCAACCCACGUUCCGCUAGCAACGCCUGGGCCGCCAUCAAGAAGAAGCUCACGACAUCUGCUGAUGGUGCUGUUCCUCCCACUCCCAAGAAGGCUGGUGGCCGCAAGAAGAAGGAGGACGACGGCGAUGCCACCCCCAAGACUCCCCGCAAGCGUGCCAUCAAGCAGCCUGAGGACGGCGAUGCGUCUCCCAAGAAGCGGGGCCGUCCCUCCAAGGCCAAGCCCAAGCCGGAGCCUGAGGAGGAGGACUCCAAGGUCAAGCCUGAGCCCGACUCUGCUGAUGAGCUCCACCCGGAGAGCGAUGCUACCGUCGCUGAUGCCGAAGAGGAGAUCUAG